AUGGCUGCCGGCUAUACAACUGAUGGCUUGGCGGAAGAGUGGGAUAAUUUGGACGAUGUUCGUGGCCGCGUUCGGGGCGGGGGACUUCUAGAGGAUAUUUCCCUAGGAACAGACCCCUCGAAUCGCGUUGCUUCCUUGAACUCUUCAAUAGUGGUGCCACUGCUGGUGAGGCUUAGUCUUACAAGAGGCUUGCAGUUGCCAGCUGUGGACGGCCUACGUGCGCAAGUGAAGAAAUUUUACGAUAUGCACUCCCGGGAUGUUACGGAUUCUCAGAUCGACGACAGCGCGUGGUUCUGUAGACGAAUGGUUGUCUUCGUUAAGAUGAAGGCUCAGAAAAAGUUGGUGAGCAUGGACUCGACCUUUCAAGAUCUAUGUUUGAUUGUGCGGCCAGACCUCCAGGAUUUUGUGGAUCAGCUCCGUGCACAGCAACAGCCUGAUGAAGACGGCGAUCCAGCAUCGAUGGCAGAGGCGGCCUGGGGCAUACGAUCAGGUUGCUUAAGGCUUAGCGCCGUAGAUUCGUUUGAUGGUCUCUAA